AUGGAAGAGUUGUCUCUGAUGUGCGCCACCACGCUUCUGAAAUGGAACCACAACAGCACGGUACCAAAACCAACUAAAGCUGCCAAUGCAAACGAGAAAAGAAGAGUGAAAAUAAAUGAAAAUCAAGCCAUCAAAUUUAGCUUCAGCUAUGAUCAAAACGAGAAAUACCUGCUCACCAUCCGUGUGUACGGCCACACAUGGCGUUCAAAAUGA